AACCUUACUUUUUAACGACAAAAAUAAAGAGUUAGUAGCGGUAGUGUUUAAUAUUUUUCAAGGUAAAUCUUUAAUAUUCAUAUUUCAUUAUGCCGCUCGAAGUCCAAGGAACAUUUGUAUCACAGAAAAUUAGUAAAAUAAGGUGGAUAGCGGAAGACUAUGUGGAAACAAAGUGCUUUUUCACCGGUAGCUGGGAUGAUGAUAAAAAUUCUAUUAAAGUUUGGACCUUAGAAAGUCCUCAUGAAGAGGAAGAGGUAGAAUACCCACGCCAGUUGUCCGAGUAUAUUGUAGAUGGCGAUGUUACACAAAUUAAGUUUACAGAGAAGAACAAAAUCGCUGUUUCUCUAUCAAAUGGUGACGUGAAAGUGCUUGAAGUGAGUUUGUAUGACAAACAGUUCCCCCUCAAAGAAGUUUUCCACUGGAAGAAGUUACACAACUACGGUGUGGAACAAUGUUCCUGCACGUCUCUGGAUACCCUGGAAGGUGACAUAGCCACUAUUGGGGAGGACGGCAAUGUGAACAUACUGAGUGGCAGGCGAGGAGAGGUGAUGCACACCAUCAAAGGAGCUGACAGCUGCUCCCUACAUUCUAUCUGUUUCAUCAAACAUACAGAGGUUAUUACUGGCAAUGUGAGAGGACACAUGAAGAUAUGGGAUGUAAGGUCUACAAACAACAAGCCAUCAGCUGCAUUCUUACUGGCUGGAGAUGAAUUAGCUGCUACCUGUAUUAUCCACCAUCCAACACAACCACAUAUCAUCCUCGCAGGGAGUGAAUCCGGAGCUCUGGCAGUCUGGGACUUGCGUAUGAACUCUUUCCCUACAUCGCUAGUAAAUGCACACUCUGCAGGAGUAUCAGAGAUGCAGUUCCAUCCAGAAAACCCUCACAAGCUUCUAACAUGUUCAGUGUCUGGAGAAUUAUGGGAAUGGAACAUGGAAGCUAUGACAAAGAGCUCCAAAGGCCCUGAUGGCCAAAUAAUGUGGAUGCCCCUACAAGAUAAGAAGUCCAUGAUGGUGAACUCAUUGAUACCAGCUUUACAUAAACCAAUCAACAGCUUACACUGUGACAAAGGCCGGAUACUUUGUGGAGCUGAUAAUGAAGCAGUUUAUUUAAUUAAGAACUUUAAGUAUUAAUUUAGUUGAGAUUUGAGUAUUUGGGAAAUUGAUGUGAUACCUAAAUAGGAGUAACUGAAAGAAAGUUGUAGCUUUGUGAAUUCUUGAAGUUAGAACCAAUCCCAGAUUGGGGCCAAGAUUUAUGUAAUUGUGUAAGUGAAUUUGUUGAGUCAAAGCAUUUUUAAUCUGUUACUCCAUUUACAAGUAAGUGAAACAUAAGGAGCUAUGUAACUAAGUUAUUUGAUAUAAUAAAACGUUUGUUUAAGUAAUA